GGGCGGGGCCUUGCCGGCGUGAGCGGGGGACGCGCGGUGUGAUUGCCCCGGGGAAAGGAAGGCGCUCCAGUUCCGGGUCAGACCCUUCUCCCGCCGGCUGCGGCCUCCACCAUGGCAAGUAGCAGCGGCCCCGGGGCAGGGGCAGGGGCGGCGGCUGCGGCGGCGAACCUGAACGCGGUGAGGGAGACCAUGGACGUUCUCCUUGAGAUUUCAAGACUUUUGAAUACUGGGUUAGAUAUGGAAACUCUGUCCAUUUGUGUACGACUUUGUGAACAAGGAAUAAACCCAGAAGCUUUAUCAUCUGUUAUUAAAGAACUUCGAAAGGCUACCGAAGCACUUAAGGCUGCUGAAAAUAUGACAAGCUGACUUUCUGGAGAAAUUCUUGAUGAAAUCCGUCAAGCUCUGCAAAAGGAUUUGAAGAUUGCAUUGUAGCUAAGAAUGCAUAAUGAAAUUACUGCAUAUAGCAGUAGGAACGUUUUCUUUUGUAAGAGAAUUAAUAAAACCAAGCCUGUCGAAAUCAGUAGAAAAUCACUUACAGAGAUUACUGUCAAAUAUUAGGUCACAUCUGUUUUUAAGAAACAGUUCUGAUGCUUUGACACUGUUGUAUUCAUACUUAAUGCAUUUCAUAUUUAUAGCUCAUAACUUUUCUAAGCAGUCUUACACAUCUGUAAGUAUUCUGUAAAUACUUAGGUGCUUAUUACUUAGGCAUAAUAAACUAUAGUCAAAUAUAAUAGUAGUAAUGGAAUAGUGAAACCUUGUUGGAAUUUCCAUUAUACAGCUUAGUUUUGAAUUACAUAUGAAAAAUAACUGAAUUUAUGUUUUAUGUUUUGUAGGAUUAAGAGCCGUCUGAAUUUCUAACACCGAUAGAAAUCUGCUUUGAUUUGGUUGUUUCUUAAAUUUAAGACUUUCAGCUUCCAUUUAAAUUAAACUAUAAACAUUCUUACCAUUUUUUGUUCAGACAAAAUGAAGUGGCCUUAAUAAGGCUUAAUAAUGUUUAAGUGGAAACUUUCUGUACUUUUUUUUUUUUAAUUCUUCUGAACACUGACAUUUUUAAUGCAGUGGCAUAGUGCACUGGAAAGUAUACUUAGUAGAACUGAGUGCAAGACUUAACAACUUAUAAUGUUGUCAGUUCUUUGAUAGCAAGUGCUAACACAUACUGCAUGUCAUUGUUUAUGAAAUGAGUGAACCCUUGUCAACUUCCAAAAUUUAGGUCAUAAGAAUUAAUAUAGUUGUAUUUAUUAUUUUAAAGACAUUUAUAUAUGAAACAAUGCAGGAAAAUAUAUUGAGAAGGAGUUAUGUUUACAGAGGACAUCUUUAAUGUUUCUUAAAUGUUGACAUAUAUUUUUAUUGAAACUUAACGUGAUAUUUAAGGAGAACAAAGUAAUGAUAUAAUUACAAUGUUGUAGAUACUGUCAAUGGCAAAAAUAAAAACAUUUGUUAUCGGCAUGUA